UGAAACGAGCCUCACCAAGCAUGGCAUGUCCGAUUAAGCGUUAAGCUCUCCCUGCUAAAAGUGAGGCUACAUCAAGUGAUCAACGAGCCUGAGGGUAACGCACACGCCUGGCAAGAGCUCGGUCUGACUCCGUAGCUUCCCCCAGGCAACACGAACACAGCAACUUAUCUUUCUGCCUCAGCAAUGGCAGAAGCUGUUAUAAGACACUGGGUGGAAACUCCUGUACGCUAUCAAGAGCAGUUUGCUGCCCAGGACCUGGAAGCACACAAGCUGGAUCACUCUCUGUAUGCUUUGCCAGGCCCUUCUACAGCAGCACUGAGCAACAGGAGGCGAAACGUGGAAGGUACAGCCGGGGCCGAGGCCAGCGGCCAGGAGCAGGGAAACACAGGCUUUCAGGUCUUGCUGGAUGUUGUGCAGUUCCGCCCUGAAGAUAUCAUCAUUCAGACUUUUGAAGGCUGGCUUCUGAUCAAAGCUCAGCAUGGGCCCAGGAUGGAUGAACAUGGUUUUAUAUCGCGAAGCUUUACCAGACAGUACAAAUUGCCUGACGGAGUGGAGAACAAGGAUUUGUCUGCGCUCUUCUGCCAUGAUGGCAUUUUGGUUGUUGAAAUGAAGAACUCGGUGGGGAUGAAUUAGAACCUUGUCCAUAGUUUAUUGUGCUUUCAGCUGACCCUGACACUGGUGAGAAGCCCUGUCCUGCUGAUGAACCAUGUCACUCCCCAUCCCUGCAAGCUAAUACAGAAGCAGCAGCAUGCAGAGCUCUGUGCACAAAGAAGAGACAGAAAAUUGUAGCACCACAGUGGGCCUGGGCACACAAGGAUGUCCACCAGAGGAGGACUCCAGCAAGGAUGGGGAGCAGGAAAAACUCUCCAACUGAUUUGGAAUAUAUACUUACAUAUUUUCGUGUUUUGAGGUAUAGUACUUAAUCUCUUCUGAGAAAGAAUUUACUUUUGCAUAAGAUGGGCAUCUUUAAAGGGCUAAGAAAGGCAUUUCAAGAUUACUUUAACUGACAAAUUUAGGUUAUUAAAAGAAAAGGAAUGAGAGAAUAAGUCACAUACAAUCUUCAGCUACAUUUCCUUCCAAUUGCACAUCCCAUUAAUUUUCCCACUCAGUUCUACACUCCCAUCAGGUAAGGAUGGAUACCACCAGACCACCAGAGAAUCUCCAAAGUUCACAAACUCCUAGCAUAGCUGGGUGGCAUAAGGGUUAGAGUGUGAGUGCCCUAUCUGAAAUAGCCACUCCACAGUUCAAAUCCUCAUUGCCUCAAGCUGGUGUCCUGAUUCACAGUAAACUAGUCAACACGUGCAGCCAUCCCUCAGCUCUGCUUUGAUCCUGCAAGACUUACUGAUGCAGGUGCCACUCUGCAGCCUCCAGGGCCAUCUGGCAUCUAGCUGUCUCAUACCACCGUAUUGAUGCAGCGCGGAGCUCAGGUGGCUGUUUGUGCAGAUAAUUGAGAUGUCCAAACAGGGCUCCUGCAGACAGAGGAGCUUGGGAAACACAGCAUGGAAGCAGCCAGCUGGUGCCACGUGAGACCGGGUGGCACAGCACAAGGGUUCAGUGUAAGGGGUUCCCUGCUCUUAUGUGAUGCUUCCUGAACAGCAAGAUGGGAUCAGAAGAUGUUCACAGUGUCCACUGGCAACAAUUCCUUUAAAAUGUGUUCCAGUCCUCAUUUUCUGGGAGAUCUUGCUCUCCUCUUAGCCUGAAAGCUAGAGCUCAGUGCUCCAAAAAUGCUGCAGCAGUGCAGUGGUGCAAGCACUAAAAGCACGUGAAGCAUUUUUGUGUGGAGGAACUGAUUUUGAAUUCAGAUGCUGGAUUUAAAUACAUGUAAGUCCAAGUCUUAAAUAAAUGUGAUAGCAUUACAUCAGAGCUACAAUGAAAAAUUAAUGAAGUGAAAUGAUUUGCAGUGCAUGGUUUGACAAUGCUCUGUAUUACAAGAUUGCUAGAAACCCAUGAUCUACCUGCAGUGGUGAAAGCCGUAUGUAUUUUAAUAGUGCUUUAAAUAUGUAUUUUUUUGUAACUAUCAUAAUUAUCCAAGUCCUGAUGUCAUGAUCAAAAUACACCCUAAAAAUGCACCAUAAAGAUGGUCCUUGCCUUGAUACAUAUAUGAAGACUGAAGGCUUGAUACCAGAAAGAAACUGGUAAGGACUCAAUGCAGAUUAGGAGACUUUUGAAGCAAACAUAAGCAGAAAUGUGAAUUUUGAGCCUCAUUUUAUUGUGCUAUAUAUAUCAAUAUAUAUCUUGGACAUUUCUGCAAGGCAGUCAGCCCAAACAUAAAAGGUGUAUUUAUUUUUCUUAUUUUUCAGUGUAAUGUGGAACUGAAAUACCAAAAUUAACAAAGUUUAGCAAAUUAACAAUAUUUUGCAGGAAGUUGGCUAGAUGGCUCCCAUAUAAAAAGAGUGCAUUCCCAUUUUACACUUUAUCCACAAAUCCAUGGUGGUUUGGGUGAAUCUCUUAAGAUCUUAAGGAUCUCUCAAUAAAAUAUAUUAGCAGUAAAUAACUUAGCGCAGGGGGACGAAGUCAGACUUUCAAAAAAGUAGUAUAGAAAGUGGGAAGAAGUGAUCAAAGGGGCUGUAACUAUAUGCCCCAUUCCACCACCAUUCUGUGCCUGAAAUGCUCACUUCCGGGGUUUCCAACCUCAAAAACAGCAGAGGAGCCAAACUCAAAGGUUAAGGCAAGCUUAUUUUGCUGUGAUUUAAUCCUGCCCCUGCAAAAUCACUUUUCUGUGAUGUAAGGUGGGGGGAAACAGACAGAGAGAAAUGAGAAAUGAGCCCAAAGAGAGCCUUCUUCUUCUUUUUACUAGUUUCCACACUUUGUGACUGUUGCCGUGGCAGUGAUUAUGAUUUAUGUUAAUUAAAAUAAAAGGAAAAUCAGA